UCCCAUCCUCUCUCGCACUCUCUCUCUCUCGCAAAAGAUACCGAGAUCGUACACUGGUUACCGACUAAUGGCGGUGGAGACGCUCCAUCUCCGGAAGGAAGGCUUCCCAGGCAGCGACAAGGAGCCUGGAUCAGCCUCAGGUGCGCCAGUUAAGGAGGCGCACUUUAGAGGCGUGCGCAAGCGCCCAUGGGGCCGGUUCGCGGCUGAGAUUCGCGAUCCGUGGAAGAAGACUCGAAAAUGGCUCGGUACCUUCGACACUGCCGAGGAAGCCGCCCGAGCAUACGACGACGCCGCUCGCAACCUCCGCGGUCCCAAGGCCAAGACCAACUUCGCUGACGUUAGCGGGAUAUCGAUCUCCUCGUCCUCUCCCGGAAACUUCCAGAAGCACCUCCAACAGUGGCAGCCGGUGGGCCACGGAUCGGACGGCCUGGAUCUGUUCUCGCGGCACGGGUAUGUCAAGCUCGACGCUGCUGUUGCAGUCAGAAGCGAGCAGGAGAUGAAGAAGAAGGAGCCGUUCGCUUUCGAUCUUAAUCUCCCAGCUCCGCUCGUUUGAUCGGACGGCUCAGAUUUCAUGCUGCGACUUUCCACGAGUUUUUGGGGGUUUUUUUAAUCGGCCGGCUGAAAUACCGGCUUCGAUUUUGGAGCUUCUUCGCUCUUUUUUUUAAUCUUUCUAAUUUUCCCCUUUUGCCCCUCUUUUUGCUUUUAAUGGCGGGUGGGUUUCUUCACCUCUGUUUAUGUACAGUUUAAGAAAGGUUAAGAUGUGAUUAAAAGAUUCUAUUUACUGAAA